AUGGUACUGCAGCUGCGCCUGGGGGCUGAAGUCCUCGUCCUGGCCCCGCAGAGGGCGCUGCAGCUCACGCUGAAUGACGUCAUCGUCGUGGUUGUCACGGAGCACAUUCUCAGGUCAUCGCGGGGCCUCAGCUUUCCCGCCCAGGCCCGCUGGCUGCUGCUCAAUGAUCCCGAGACGACCUGGGAGAUUGAUCUUGAGGACGGAUCUUUGACAGUCCAAGGUUCAGAGAAGGCGUCCGGGUCACCCGUGGAUGAGGAACGAGAGGCUCUCCAAGUCCGCCAGGGACCCCAAGCUCAGCAGAAGAGCGAGUUUGGUCUGGCGACGGCAAAUAUCCUCCUGCUCCAAGCUCGACCCAGAGACGCUAGCCACAGAGGCAUUCCCCAGCUGUGCAGGCCUAGCCCCAGGUCUCGCCCUCUGCCUGCAGAGUUCAGCUUGGAUCUCCACGGCCUGCAGCCCCUGCCAGGCUCUGCCCUCAGACCUCUGCCUCCCUCCCACAGCCCGGGACCCAGAACACGCCACAGAUUUCGGGCCCGUCCUCCAAGCAAAGCGCGAAGGCGGCUCUUCUAA